AUGUUUGGCUUCUCUGCCGCCGCAACUUCCACACCAGCGACGACAACAACUUCCGCAGGAAUUACGACAACUCCUCUUUUCUCAACUCCUGCUACCACUGCGGCUUCAUCAACAACAUCUCAAGUACCGUUGACGUUUGGUGCUGCACCAUUGAAUGUACCUCUAACAGCUACAGGUGGAGCGGGGACAGCUACAGAUGCUCCCAGCGCAGAUCCAGCAAGUAAAUUAUCGCUGAAAGGACUGUUGGAAAAAGAGGGAUCUGUAGGCUCAGCUUGUUCGCAGCUUCUUGCAGCUCUAACUGCUGACACAGAGAUCAGUUUUGCUGAUUUGUCUGCGAUCACUCAAAAGAUGACAAUGGACUUAGCAGCUGACGAACGAUCGUUCUUGAACUGUCUGCUCGAAUUGAAUGCUUAUGAUAGGCAACUAUGGGAAAACAUGCAACGAAUCACUGACGUUGAAUCUAAGCUUGUUACUUUGGAAAAAAAACAAGACAAGAUGAUGUACGACAUAAGUUCUAUAAGCGAGGAGCAAAAAGCGUUGGAUGCCGUUGUUAGCGCUCUGGAAAAAGACCUUGGUCUCCCUGACUGGACCGACCAAAAUCAUUGUCUUCCGGUUGACGGCCUCUCAGCGACUCCCGGGGAUGUGAAGAGGCAGCAGCUUUUGCAACUGUUGGUUAGUGUGGAUUCACAAAUUAAAGAAGCGGACAGCGAUCUCCAGGAAAUAAUUGAUCAGAUAUCAGCUAUACACAAAUCAAAAACGGCAAUAUCGAACUCGAGGAAAUACACUGAAGAUCAAGUGGCACAAAUUCUGAAGAGCCAAAUGGAAACGUUGAUCUACAUAGAUAAGAAGACUGGCGAGCUUGAUGCUAGAGUUGACGAAUUCAAAGAUGUUCUCGACGGUCGUAAUGCCACCCUCAUUACUCUAUGA